AUGGACACGAUCAGGAGCUUGUUGUCCCCCUUCACGGCGAACACCAACCCUCUGCAGGAUACUUUGAAAUUGGUGGUCAUCGGUGGCGCUGUCGAGACCACUCGACGAGUGUCGGUUUCAGCGUGGAACGGCUUCAUCGAAUCAUUCUUUCUCACUGCGCACUUUAGCCAAGAGGAUUACCCGUAUGAUUGGCUCAUGCACUGGCUUUCCAAGCAUCCGGCAUGGGGUCGGAGCCGUGAAUUUGACAUCACAACGCGCUCUGUUUCCCGUCAUGGUCUCACGCAGUCCACCAGCGGGGACCUGGAGGACGACGAUGAGGGUGACGAAGUGCUCGACGGCGGCCGUAAGAAACGUAAAGUCGCUAUAGUUCCUAGUCUGGAUACCACGCACACAAUCUAUUACCGUGGACAUUGGCUUCGGAUAACGCGCACCAAACGCUUCCAGGAUUACGGGUCUUAUGCAGAGCUCAAGAUUAGUGUCGUCGCCCGCAACAACGAUAUUCUCAAGAGACUUGUCCUCGAGGCUAAGCGAGAGUAUGAGAAGGACGCGGAGCACCGCGUGCACAUAUUCAUGGCCGAUACUACGUACGGCUGCUGGAGAUGGAACGGCGCACGUCAGAAGCGUCCCAUGAGCUCUAUCGUUUUGGAGCCAGGUGUCAAGGAUAUGAUUCUGGCGGACUGCAAGGACUUCCUGUGUUCCGAGGAAUGGUAUGCUGAGAGAGGAAUCCCGUUCCGGCGGGGUUACCUGCUGCAUGGUGUUCCUGGAAGUGGCAAGACGUCCCUCAUUCACAGUUUGGCUGGUGAACUUGGGCUCGACAUUUACGUUGUCAGUUUGUCGUCGAAGGGUAUGAGCGAUAAUACAUUGACGACGUUGAUGGGCAACGUACCAUCCAGAUGUAUCUUGCUUCUAGAGGAUUUAGAUGCCGCGUUCACGCGCGGCGUCUCUCGUGACGAGACUUCUACAGGUACUCCGACCAGCAGCAAGACAUCCAGCACGACAUCGACCGCGAAGAACAAGGAUGAGGACAACGACGGGUCCACCUUGAGUUUGAGCGGAUUGCUCAACAGUCUUGACGGCGUCGCGGCCGCAGAGGGCCGCCUUCUGUUCGCAACCACAAAUCACAUCGAGCGUCUGGAUCCGGCGCUGAGUCGCCCUGGACGCAUGGAUGUGUGGGUGAACUUCAAGCAUGCUACGAAAUGGCAAGCCGAAGGCAUCUUCAAAUGCUUCUUCCCAUCGAAGAACACGAAGAGUGAUAGCACCCCCGCGUCAUCGGCGGCUUCGUCCUGUGCGGACCUCGCAACAUCACAGGACAAUCUCGCUGUGCCGAAGCGCAAGCGCUUUACUCAUGCAAUUCCUCUACUCUCAGAGGAAGAGAUCACCGUACUUGCUAAGCGAUUUGCAGAUGCUAUUCCCGAGGGAGAACUGAGCGUGGCAGCUCUGCAGGGAUACCUUCUCAGGAACAAGACGCGCCCCCAAGAAUGUGUAGAUGAAGUUGCUGCCUGGGUCGUCGAAGAACGCGAGACGCGCGCUAAACUGAAGAAAGAGAAGGAGGAGCGCGAGGCUAAAGAGAAGAAGGAAGCAGAGGAGAAGGCCAAGAAAGAGAAGGAAGAGGCCGAAGCAAAACUGAAGGAAGAGAAGGCGGCGAAGGAGAAAGCGGAGAAGAAGGAAGCUCGCUCGAAGGCCAAGAAAGCUGCUGAGGCUGCGAAGUCAGAGUCCUCGGAUUCCAGCGACUCCAGCGCCGAUGAAUGCGUCGCUGUCACCACACCUGCUUCCCCACAGUCGGACGCCGAGGACGUCACCAACACGGGCACUGAGGCCGACACGGAAGACAACGUAACCUCCGAGGAAGACGGCUCCGACAAGGUUGGCAAGGAGCCCAAUUCGUCCCAGGAGCUUGAUGCGGAGACGCGCGAUGCGAAGGAGAAAUGGGUCGCCGUGAAAGCGCAGCCUCUGGACCCGAGUGUUUGA